AUGGACCAGCCGGCCAGCAGCUGCAUGCGGAGCGCCCACCCCAGCAGCCCCAUCUGGGGCUGCAUGAGGAACCCCCACUCCGGGGUCCCCGGGGCCAACCUCCAGUCGCCCUACCAGCAGGCCCCCUUCUCCCUGCACCAGAAGCCCGAGUUCCUGGCCUACACGGACUUCUCGGGCUCCUGCCUGGUGCCCGCGCAGCCGCACGCCGCCUACCCCCGCGACGACAGACUCUACCCGGAGAGCCCGGGGGGCUACCAGAGGGCCGAGUGGCCGUUCAACCCCUGCGAGAGCCGGCUGAGGGCGCCCGAGGCGUGCCCACCUGUGGCCCCCGCCUGGGUAGAGACCAAAGCGGCUCACUCUGUACCACAUGUUUCUCUCUCCCCAGAGAUCCAGGACUCCAGUUUUAAGGUGGACUCCAGCUGCAAAGCCAGGAAAGAGCGCACGGCGUUCACCAAAGAGCAGCUGAGGGAGCUGGAGGCCGAGUUCACCCACCACAACUACCUGACCAGGCUCCGGCGCUACGAGAUCGCCGUCAACCUGGACCUCACAGAGAGACAGAAUGACAUGCAGCUGUAA